AUGGCACCUCCAACACCUCCACCUCCAACGCCCACAGCAGCCUCAGCACCAGCCCCUCCACGUCCUUCGCCCCAUCCAACAAACCCAGCGAAUUCAUCCCAACCAGCAGCAGCAGCCGCCCCGCCUCCUUCCACCCUCCCUACCCUCCCUACCCUCCCUGCCCCCGCCAACGAUCACGACAACGAAUGCCCCAUCUGCACCACGCCCUACCACACAGGCACGGAGCCCGAAACGCCCAUCCGCCUCAGCAAAUGCGGGCACGAGUUCGGGCUGCUGUGCGCUGCGAAAUGGCUGCUCGUGCCCGGUCGCGGGAAUGGGUGUCCGAUUUGUCGGGAUAGGCCGUUUCCUCGGGGGGAUAAACAGCAGGUAGGGAUGGGGAUAGGGGUGGGCAUGGGGAUGGGUGGAUUGGCGCAGGAAGAGGUUUUUGGGUUGAUUGGACGGACUGGAGGGGGACGGGGAGGGGGAGGGGGACGGGCAGGGAUAGAUUUCGGAGAAGUUUUCGACAUGGGGAUGGGGGGGUUGGGCGACAUUUUGGACAUGUCCUGGCUUAAUCCUUUCGAUGACCCUGAUCGGCGCGGGGAUCGGCAGGCGGGAGAACAAGGGAGAGGAGUAGGAGAGGUGGCUGGACAAGGGGGAGGGUUAGGGGUGGGAGGGGUAGGGGAACACGUGGAAGUGGAAUGGACGAGAGUAGAGCAUCCUUCAGGCCCAGGGAUGGGGGUGGCAGAUGUGGGGAUGAGGGUGGUUACGCAGGCGAAUGGAGGUGUUUUCAUGACGGUUGAUCAGAUUGUGAAUCAUGGGCCGCAGAGAGGGUGA